AUGUUCGCCAAAGUGAAAUUUCUGCAAGAUGGCAAAGUAUCAAUCGUCCAGACAGCUCUUGUGAAGAACUUUCAUCCAGCCAACGUGGCUGACUUUGAAAGGAGGACGACUUACAAAGUAUUUUGGGAUGGGGACGAAAACACUCGAGGUGGAUACUACGAUGCAGAGAUCAUCAAGCUGGCGGAUACCAAGGAGAAGCUGUCGGAGCCAUCAGCCAGGCGGGAACGGGCAUCAGAACCAGCAGCCAAGCGGUCCUCCAGCUUAGAAAAGUCAGGAACCCUGACGAAAAAAAAAAAAAAAAAUCUGAGGUGCGGUGUAAAAAGCCAAGUUGAAAAGGAGCUGGUGGAGUAUCUGGGUGACUCGGAGGAGGAAAAGGAGGAGGAGAACCCAGAGGUGCUGAGGUUGAGGGCCAAGCUCGACAAGCGGGCAGCAAAGAUUCGCCGCCUGAAGGCCGAGAACGAGGGCCUGCUUAAACUAAACCACGAGCUGCAGCUUGCUCUUUGCGCAAAAGUGCUUGGAAAAGCCCUUCCUGAACAAGUGCCAGGGGUCGCUGUAACAGCGGCUGUUCAAGCGGGGAUCUCCGUGCCCAUUGGAGCCUCACCUAGGCGAGUCCCAGCUCCACCUAGGCCAGUCCCAGUGGCAGACGCGGCCAAAGAUGGUAAGAAACAUUUAGUAGCGCUUAUCACCAGCAUUGUGCUGUGA